AUGCCUCCGUCUUCGAAACUGCCUCGUGUUCCAUCCAAUGACAGGGCAAACCCAACCAAUAGCAACAAAGAAGUUGAGGUCUCCAAGUCCUUGCCUGGUCACACCGAUCACAUAAAUGAAAUGGACAAAAACGAAUUGGCCUCAGGCAUCGUAGGCAAUCACGUCCUUCGUCAUCGAGUUGAAAAUGUUCAUGAUCAUGUUAUCGAUCACGGUGAGACUGCCUAUUCAAAAACCGCGGAUGAUCACGUUAAUGAAGCGGAUCUCGAAGAAUCAGGGAAUGUUUUAGAUAAUCAAGGUGAUCACGAUAACUCUGAAGCCACGUCGAGAACUGUGGAAGAUGACGAAUCAGAUAAUCAGGUGGAUCCAGAUAGUUCAUUAGACACAGCCUCAUCAAGAAAUGAAAGAGUUCUAUACUACUAUACUAUCGAAGAUAUCAGCGAUAGGCUUCAAGGUUGUGUAUACUGCUUGUUCCCCAAGGUAUUUGAUCAACGUUAUCCACCUUACAAUCCUUACGAGUGGGUGAAUUUCUUGAAAGAUACCGUGUUAUUCCAAGUCAAGCACAAUUUUCAGUUGCCUGCUAGAGACACCGCGUUUUGGGCGGCUAGAAGCAUUUGCAUAGACGAACACGAAGAGCUACAUGGCAAGUAUAUAAUAAAACAUAGUCUAUUGUGGGAUGAUCGAGAUAGCAGGGCCCAUUGUUUUGAGCGUGCUCAGAGCAACAGGUUUGCAUUGAUGAUGUUGGGCGCGUUUCAGCAAUCAAUCCUGAUUCACAAACGCAGGAAGGAGCGCAACCAAGGAUGUGCAAACGAUAUGCACCGUCAGAUGUAUUCUGAAUCUUUAUCAUUGAAAACUGCAAGGAGUCUGUUUGAUCAAGCCCGAUGGUUCAUAUGUGAGGGCAAAACAGACCCAAAAUCUACUCACCGUUACAUCUGGGAGUAUGACUUCCAUGCCCUUCCCACUGAGAAGCAAACAUGGACUGAUCACUUAUACGCUUGGUUUCAUUAUACGUAUGAGGUUACUGGAGGUCAAACAUUGUUUGCUGGCCUUGAUUGUGACGAGCAUGGCCAAUUAAGCAAUUUAGUUUUGUUUACCAAAGGGAAACCCCCACACUACGACGAGAGCGCGGGGAUGAAAGCCAGAAUUGAUCGGGCCUUUUUACACUUUCGCGAACAACAUGUGUGCAAUAAAAUUUGUGAACAUCUAGGACUAAGAAAGUUAAAAACUUUUCAAGGGAGAGGCGCUGGGGAUUGGUUGGAAAUAUUGUAUCUGAAUAGUCCAUAG